CGUGCCCAGUGUAGAAGAGAUCGUAUAUAUACAUAUACAUACAGGCCCCCACACAUACAUAUACAGAGCCCCUUUUCGAGUUCUUUAGCUCGUGGAAUUGACAUACACACACAUACGUAUACACACUUAACAAUACAUAUAAAAUUGUCUGCCUUUUUUUUCUUUGGUGCCACAAAAGACGAAAAAAGUGCCGUGCUAAAGCAUAAAAUCAAAUAAAACUAAAAAGCAAAAAAGUGAAAAUUAAGCAAGAAGCAAAAGAAAGAGCAUACAUAUAUUAAAAGCAACAUGGCAAGUGUAGAGCAAAAAAAUGCAACAGGCAAUACCAACGGCAACAACGGCACAAUAAAGCCAAAUAGCAACGCUGUGGCCGAGCCAACUGAGCCGCCAAAGGAUGCCAAGGAUCUGUUGCCGCAUUUGGAGUCGCUGGAGCGCAUCAUUAAGUUGCCUGUGGUGAAUGCCGCUUGGGAUAAAUCGCAAGAUGUCUAUGGCAAAGUGAAGGGCAAAAAUCGCGUCUUCAAUUGGGCCUUGAAUGCGGCCGAGGAUUGCGUUGCACGCGCCGUAACCACAGCUGCACCAAUUGUGAACCGCUUGGACCGGCCCAUCGCCUAUGUGGAUCAGACACUGGUCAAGGGCAUCGAGACGCUGGAGGUUAAGGCGCCGAUCAUUAAGGACACACCGCAGGAGAUCUAUGCCCAGGCCAAGAACAAGGUCAUCGAUGUUGUUCAACCUCAUUUGGAUCGUGUGGUCAAAUUCAAGGCAGCGGGUCAACAGAAGGCCGCCUCACUCAAGGAUCUGGCCUGGCAGAAGGCCAAUGAGGUGCUGGCCACCCAAUACGGCAGCCUCGCUGUCAAUGGGGUCGAUACGACCACAGCUUUGGCUGAGCGUCUCCUCGAAUACUAUUUCCCCAAAAGCGAUUCGGACAUCGAGGAGGAUAAUGAUAAACAAAAAGCUGUCGUGCGAAAUGGCAAAAGUGCUGAGAAUGACAUGCCAGUUCCCGCCAGCGAGGACCCCGUAUUACACACAGUCCAGACCGUCGGCCGCCUAUCCAAUAAGAUCUCGCGUCGCGUCUAUAGAAAUGUCUCCAGACAGAUCAAACAGGUCCAACAAGGCAACAUCAACGACUAUCUGAGCUCGCUGAUAGCCGCCCUGAAGCUGCAUCAAUAUAUCAAUUUCAUAAACUCAUCGAUGGGCACUAAUGUGGAGCAGUCGACGCUAUCGAGCGACAACUGUACACCCUAUGGACCCAGCAGCAGCAGCAACAGCAACAGCAGCACCGCCAACACCAACAUCAACAGCAACAACAUCAAUAGCAACAACAGCAACAGCGCAAACAAUGCCAAGAGCAAAGUAGCCGUUGCAACGCCAUCUAGCGUACAGUAGAAAGAUGUGCAGCUGCCAAUGGGGUUUUUCUUUGUCGGGUUGGCUCUGAUUUAAGUCGUCG